AAUACUGUAUUUCCUGGCUUUCUAAGUGAAGACUAAGUUUAAUCACAGUAGAAGAUCCAGAAAAUUUAAUUAAAUCUAUGUGGAAAGGGGUAAGUAAAUUCUUCUCUAAACUGGGCCCUGCUGUUGGCAUGUAUCAUUAAGUGUUAUGUAUUGUGUGAGUUGGCUACAUGUUAUUACUUUAUGUUUCUGAGUCAUAAACUGAGUCUUUUUCUUCUGCAGUUAAAUAAUAUUUUGGAGUUCUGUUACUUUGCAAGAUACUUCUUUUCAUCAUUAUCCUGUGUAAUAUGUAGUGUCUAUAAUAUUACGUACCAUAGCUGAUGCUUCAGUUUAGUCUUCCAUUCUUUCCCUCUCUGUGUCUUUGCCCAAGUGUUCCCUUCUCAGUUCCUCAGUGUCCUUACAGCACACAGCUUCCCAGCAAACACCCAGAGGAUCAGCAGAGUGAGUGGAAUAAAUAAUACAAACUGAGGUAUAUGGUAGUUCGUCUCAUGCUGUUUCUUCUGCAAGGAGAGUCUGUCACAUAGGAGACGUGCCACCCACGGGAUAUUUUGAGUUCUACAGCCUUUAUUUUUAAAGAGAAAUGCUUCUCAUUGCACGGAUGGAGCUGUCAUAAAGGGUUGGAUUUGGGUGUGCGCAUGCUUACUGUAGCACUGUGCUGAAACCUUUGAUGACAAUAACUGCUGGCAAUGCGGAGGGUAUCUGUCAAGUUGUGCGAGGCACGUGUAAUAACUGAUUGAAGGUUUCUUAUUUGCUUCAUAUAUCUUACUGGUAUAAAACACAUUCCUGACUGGCACAAGCAGCAGAAGGUUGUAGUGGCAACCUGGGUGAGAGAGGCUGCUGUGUGCUGACUCAAACUCAUUCCAGACAGCUGAGGAGCUGCUGUAAACACCAGGGGAAGCCAGGUGCAUCAAAACUUUACUCUCACGCACCACAAUGUCACUCAGCUGAAGAAGCACAGCACCCUUUCUUGAACUUGGCACCCAAACAUUGGAUAUGUGCUCCUGGGGAAGGGGCCCUCUAUGUCAAAAGGGAUAUGUGUACCCAUAAGGUGGGCGACUGUGGCUUGCAGGCAACCUGCACCAAGGCAGGAAUCCUGUAUUUUGAAACACUGACCUAUCCCUUAUUUUGAAACGCUGACCUGUCCUAUUGCUUUUCAUUAAUGAUCUCCUACCCAUAACAAGUUAGGUAGGUGCUUACUUGAAGCAUUUUUUUCACAACAGUUUUGCAAGAGGAACUACUUAGGGGAUAUGAGGAUCUCCAGUGAAAAUUGCCAGGGUUCAUUGCUAGUUUUGCUUUUGGACUCUCCUGAACACUCAGUGCUCUGAAAUCACUGUUGGCUUAGUAGCUCUAGAGGGAAAUGCCCUUUGACCACGGGCUGUGACUUGGCAUGCCCUGUAUUUAUCUGCAUGGUACAGCUAAAAAAGGACUUCAGUUGGAGGGCUUAUUGGAAAGAUUAUUGCUAGGAAUAUUUGGGGGAUUUUUAAAAGAAAUGUGGUACUAUUUUAUCCAGACUGUGUGUUGUUUUUGUUGUAGGAUAAGGAGAGGAUUUUUCACUCACGUAGUUCUGUGGAUGUAGCUUUCCAAAGCACUGCUUUUGUGAGGCAGUAAAAAUUGUUAGCAUGUACUCAGUGAGGAACUAAAGCUGUAGUUUGUUUGCAGGCUGUGCAAUAAGUCCUGUACAUGUUUAUGGGAAUAAAAAUAAGGAUAGAUGAAAGGUAUCUGUUGGAUUUGACAUUGCUGACUGUGAAGCUAAACAUGCAUUUUCAGGAUUAGCAUCUGGCUUUGUAACAUUACAGUUAAAAUAUGGGAAACUUCUGUGAUUUUAUUUUUUUUUUUCUAAAUGUUUUGUAGGUUUCACAUUUUGUAGGGCGAGAGGCCACAACUCUUGAAGUCUGCAUCUGCCUUUGAGUUGAAAAGGGUUGCUCUGUCUCGCUCUGUUCUGCUCAGCACCUGGGCAGUGCUUUUUGAAUUGGUGGGAGAACCACAAAUGUAGCUUUGGAGGAUCUACCACUUCCUUCAGCUAAAGAUUGUUACAGACAAAAGCUUCUGGAUUAAUCUCGUUCCUGAGUCUGUCACUACAGUUGGAAAUUUGAAGGAAGAGCCCUACGUAUGAAGAGAUGACGUGUAAUGGCCCAGAUAGCUCUGAAUCUGGUGCCACUCCAGCCACUGACGGUGACCAGGAGUGGACACAGGAACACUACCGACUAGGAACCUUUGUGGAGUUUCCCCAUGAUUGUCCAGUUUCAGCAUCAGCGCUAGCUCGAGCUGGCUUUGUUUAUACUGGAGAAGGUGAUAAAGUCAAGUGCUUCAGUUGCCAUGUAACUGUUGAAGGAUGGGAGCCUGGGGAUUCUGCAAUUGACAGACACAAAAACCUUUCCCCAGAUUGCAGAUUUAUUACUGGGUCUGCUUUUUUGGAAAAUAACGUACAUCCUCCUGUGCAGAGCCACCAGCAUAGAACUGAAAAUGGCUCCAGCAAUUUGGCCCUCCCCUCUGCUCUGGAGGACUUGUCUGAUGUGGAGGCAGAUUACCUGUUGAGAACCAGGCAGGUUGUGGACAUGUCCGAUACUUUGUAUCCUAAAAACCCUGCUAUGUGCAGUGAAGAAGCCAGGCUGAAGUCCUUUCACAAUUGGCCCCCCUAUGGCCUAUUGACGCCAAAGGAAUUAGCUAGUGCAGGACUCUACUAUACAGGUGUUGGUGAUCAAGUUGCAUGUUUCUGUUGCGGUGGAAAACUGAAAAACUGGGAACCUGGUGAUCGAGCUUGGUCUGAGCACAAGAGGCAUUUUCCCAAAUGCUUUUUUGUCCUGGGUCGGGACGUUGGAAAUGUUUCAACUGAUUCUAUCUGUGCUGAGCUUGGGAGAAGCUGUCUAAACAACGAACAGCAUCCAAGGAAUCCAUCCAUGGCAGAAUAUGAGAGGCGGAUACAAACAUUUUUAGCUUGGAUAUACCCUGUUAACAAGGAACAUCUUGCUGAAGCAGGGUUCUACAGCACAGGUAAUGGCGAUCACGUUGUGUGCUUCCACUGUGGUGGAGGAUUGCAAGAGUGGAAGGAAAAUGAAGACCCAUGGGAUCAACAUGCCAAGUGGUUUCCUGGGUGCAAGUUCUUGAGAGACGAAAAGGGACUAGAAUUUAUAAAUAAUGUUCACUUAAGAGAUGGAUGUAGGGAUUCAACAAUAGAAGCUGCUGAAGUUACAAUACUUCCUAAAGAUGACCUCUUACAGAAUCAGUUGGUACAGAAUGCCAUACACAUGGGUUUCAGUUUGUCUGAGAUUAGGAGCAUUAUGGAAAAGAAGUUGCACCUGUCUGGAGAAAGCUACACAUCUGUUGAAGAUCUGGUAGCAGACUUAAUAAGUGCUCAGAAAGAAAAUAUAAAGGGAGAACCACCAAAAGAAAGCCCACUUGAGCAAGAUCUCAGUAUUGAAGAGAAGUUAAGACGCUUGCAGGAAGAAAAGCUCUGUAAAAUCUGUAUGGCUAAAGACAUAUCAGUAGUCCUCAUUCCCUGUGGUCACCUGGUUGCUUGUAAGGAAUGUGCUGAAGCAGUUAAUAAAUGUCCUCUGUGUUGUACAAAUAUUAUAAAAAGACAGAAAAUUUUUAUGUAUUAGUGGAAUGUACAGUACUGUAGAUGUAACUGUUUCCUGUUUUAUUUCCUUAAACAUGUGUAAUGUGAUAACAGACGGUUGGGUGUUCACCAGUCUAGCACACACUACGGCGCAUCUCACUUUGGAGAUGAUGUAAACAGUAAAGCUUUAAUCAACACCCUGAAAAAUGAGUUGACUGUCAGAAGCUGCUGGAUUUUUGUUUAGAACACUCAUUCUACUGCCCUCUUAGUGCUCUCCUUACUUUUUGUGCUUUUACUUCAAGGUUGUGAUUUAAAAUAACUGUUAUUGUAUUUUCAGAUCCGUUUGUGUUCACGCUUCUGCUAAUCUUCUGUGAAUACAGGAGUUAAAUAUACAUACAUUCUUUCAGGAAAUGGCAUGGGAAAACUGGGUGUUUUUAUUGAGUAGCACUGCUGCUGCAAUUUUUUCCCCCACUAACAAGUGUGAGAAAUCAGGGAGAGUAUAUAAAUAGCAGUAAAAAAAUCUACUUUUUAUAGACUGUAUUUCUACUAAUUACCACUUGCUCAGCUCAUUUAUCAAAAAUAGACCUGCUUAAUUCUCUCUUCUAGUGGGACCAAAGGUAACAGCCUCAUCAGAGGAAAUAAAUUGCUUUAGGGUAAUUUUUGUGUUGUUAUUUUGAAUAUUCAGAUGUCUGAAUUGAUUUUCUGGUGUUAAAAUUCUUUCUGAUUCAUUAGAUGCUACAUGAAAUACUUCAUUUUGUGCAUCUUAUCCCCUAUUAAUCUAGUGUUUCUAGUUUGAAAAACAUCAGCUAAAAUAUCUUUUCAUUUUAUUCUUGUCACUUGCCUAUCUUAAGAGUAAAAUAACAUCAGUAGGAGCAGCUUUGCUGUAGGUUCUAAGUCUUCUAGCUACAACUGUGUGAUGUUUCGUAGAUCAGUAAUUAGGUGCCUUUACUGCCACUGAAGGAUGUCUAUCUGUCUUGUCAUUCUUGUUUACACUUGUAAGCCUCUGUAUCUGGUCUCAAAUAAUAAUUAACAGGCUAAACAAACAUGAGCAACACAGGAACUAGCUCUGAAUAGUGUUGAUUUUCUUCUCUUUUCUUCUUAGAUUGACAAGUUAGCAACACCCUUGGAAUUAAUGGACCCUUUUAAAACUGCUUUAAGCUUUAGAAAUACUGUAACUGCCUCUGGAUAUCUGUGACUAAUGAAAGAUGGAAAUUGUAACUGAUGUUAAUCAUUAUGUUAAUCAGAACACUCGUUGUUAAGUUCAUUUCAUGCGCUACGUACAGACAUAAAAUGCAGACAAUCCUAGGAUGUAAUCACCUGGCUGUAUUUAAGUUUUUCUGCUGUCAAACUACAUGUAUUUAAACAUUUUUAAAAUUAUUUUUCUUAAUUGAGGUUUUUCUACAUCAAAUCCAAUACUGAAAGGCAAGUAUAUAACUUCUGUUAGCUUCACUUCGUAGACCUGGUUUGGCAAAGCCUAAGCAAUGCAGAGCUUUAUUUGUGUCAUCGUUCCUUUGUUUCACUGUGGAGGGACUCUGUAUAACUGAAGUUUAUGCAAAUAGAGUUGUUUAAUGAAUCAGGCCCUCUAGAAAAGUUGUACAUACUCAUUUUUGAAAUUCUGAUUCUUAUUUGUAUGUGUAUCAACUCAGGUCCUACCAUCUGGAAAACACUAUAUGAUUGAAAACGUUAGCUCUGUAGCUUUGGUUGUGACAUAAUUCUGAGAAUGUGUAAAUCUGCUCCUGAAAGAUUUUAUAUCGUUACUGCUGCUCCACCAGUUUUUCUGUUGUGAUCAAUAGUUCCUGUAUCCCCACUCAGUAUUUCUGCUGUUGCUGUAUAAAUAGGCCUCAGAAAACUGGUUUUAGCCUUCUGCUUUUCUCAACUCAUCCCUCUUGUAUACAAAUGUCAUUCCUUACAAGUGAACUCGACAGAAAUGAAGGAUAUUCUGCAUACCUCAUGCCCUUCAUUAUGACAGGAGCUAUCUUAUUUUAAAACUUCCCCCCUACCCACGAGACAUUCACACUGUGUUUGCCUCAUGUUUCUAACAUUUAGCAUCAUCCUAACUCAUUUUUUUCUGCUGGUGUUUUAUGUAUAGCUGGUUUAUGGUAACACUAAUUAUGUGACUUCAUAUUUGUGUGGGCAUACUAAUAUAUUCUGUGUAUACAGAAAUUUUAUCUUGGGUCCUACACAUUGAGUAAUAUAUUUGAUUAAUGACACUUUAUAAAGAAUAUAUAGUUUUUCACAUGAUAAAAGUUUUAAAUCCAAUAUACUGAAGUAUAAUGUCUCUAUUUUUUGUUAGAUAUUUGCUAUGAUUGAGAUUUCACAGAACUGACAUGUUGCUCUGGUGCAAUUUUGUGUAUAUGUAAAAUAAAGUGCAAUCCAGUUGUA